AACCCUCGUCGUCUCCGGCGGCGGCGGGCGGGGCGCCAUGAACGUGUUCGCGGGGGUCGGCGCGGGGGCGAAGGAGGGAGGACCCGCGCGCGGCGGCGGUGGGGUGCUGCUGGAGCUGACGCCGCACAAGAUGGCGCUGUGCCACCUCGUGCAGGUCUUCGCACCGUCGGGGCAGCAGGCGCAGGCGGGCCCGCCGUUCCCGUUCGAGUCCGUCGCCCACCACAACCGCCUCGGGCUCUUCCUCUUCUCCCUCACCCGCUCAUGCGAGGAUUUUCUGGAACCGCCAUUGGACGAGCUUUUAAGGCAGUUGAAGGCGGUAGAUGAUUUAGCUAAUGGUUGGCUCUGUGAUCAGCUGACAACUACACUGACAGGGCUUAACUCACCAGAUGAUCUGUUCAACUUUUUUGAUAAACUAAGAGGUGUUCUCACUUCACCGGACGGUGCAAAUGUGGAAGAUGAAUUUCUGGACCCUAAUAGCCAGCUUGGUGUUUUCCUUCGUUGCUGUAUACUUGCCUUCAAUUCAAUGACUUUCGAGGGUGUCUGCCAUCUGUUAGCAAAUCUUGUGGUGUACUGUAGCUCUGCUGACACUUCAUAUGAUUUGGCAGAAGACGAGGACUUUAACAGUGAAAUGGAAAUGAGCGACCUGAUGGAUGCAGAUAUAGGUGUUAGUGCUGGCAUGUUUGACAAAUACAGUCAAGGUUAUGCCACUGAGAGCCAUAUGGGAGAGAGCUCUUCAUCUCUAAUCCAUGCACCAACCACACUCCAUAAUUUUGAUGAAGCCAAUAUUUUCAAAGCAGAUGAUAACCCAACUUGUCUGAGAUCAAGGUGGCAAUUAGAGGCAUAUCUUAACCAGCAAGCUGAUAUUCUUGAGAAGGAUCCCAGCUCAGUGCCUUUGAAUUCAUUUAAUGCCACUAUGACGCAGCUUCAGACGUUAGCCCCAGAGCUUCAUCGUGUCCAAUUCUUGCAAUACUUGAAUGCUGUUAGCCAUGAUGACUAUGUUGCAUCGCUAGACAAUCUUCACCGCUAUUUUGAUUACAGUGCAGGGAUGCAAGGACUUUUUAGUCGUUCUUUGUCUCAAUUCCAAGAUGUUAUUGUUGGAAAGUAUGAGAGUGCUCUUCUUUGCUUAGGCAACUUGCAUUGCCACUUCGGACAUCCGAAGAAAGCCCUAGAGGCAUUCACAGAAGCAGUGCGUGUUUCUCAAAUGAACAAUGAUGAUUCAUGCCUUGCAUAUAUAUUAGGAGCCAUUUCCAAUCUGCUGUCAAAGAUAGGAAUAUCAAACGCAGUUGGAAUAAUUGGUUCGCCAUAUUCACUUGGAAACAAUAUUGGACUAGGCACUCCAUUGUCCAUUCAGCAGCAGUUGCUUGUUCUUUUGAAGCGAUCGCUUAAGAGAGCUGAUAUGUUGAAACUUACAAGCUUACUAUCCUUCAAUCACAUCUCUCUUGCAAAAUUUAAUCUGAAGCAUGUCCAAAGGCCAUUGGUAUCCUUUGGCCCUAAUGCUUCUACAAAGCUUAGAACAUGUCCUGCAGAUGUCUUCAAGAACUUGAGAUUAAGUUCCCACGUAUUGUCUGACUUUGGCACGGAUGGUUUAUCAACUUCAAAUGAUAAUGGUAGUUUUAGUACCUCCUGGCUUAGGAAUCUGUCUGCUGCUUCCAGUUCUUGGUGUAGCAGCUCGACAAAAUCUAGAAAACUGCUUACAAACGACUUCGAUAAUUUCCACUUUCAUGCACAACCAAGCCCAAUACCCACAUCAGUAUUGCAAUUAGCUGGCUCAACAUAUUUGAUGAGGGCCACUGCCUGGGAGCACUAUGGAAGUGCUCCGAUGGUUCGAAUGAAUGCUUUGGUCUAUGCAACCUGCUUUGCUGAUGCUGCAAGUUCAUCAGAGCUGUCACUUGCAUAUGUCAAGCUAAUUCAACAACAAGCAGUCUUCAAAGGAUAUUCAGCGGCGUUCUGUGCUCUCAAACUCACCGAAGAGAAGUUCCCAUCCUCAACAAAUUCAAACAUCCAGCUUCUCAGAAUGCAAUUGCUACAUGAGCGUGCCCUGCAUCGAGGACACCUGAGAGUUGCGCAACAAAUUUGCGAUGAAUUUGGGGUGCUCUCAUCUUCUGUCAGUGGAGUAGACAUUGAACUAAAGACUGAAGCUAGUCUACGACGUGCCCGCACACUACUUGCCGCAAAACAGUUUAGCCAGGCAGCAAUUGUGGCACACACUCUUUUCUCUACAUGCUACAAGUACAACAUGCAAGUAGAGAAUGCAAGUGUUCUUUUAUUACUUGCUGAAAUACAUAAAAAAUCUGACAAUGCAGUACUUGGGCUACCUUACGCAUUAGCCAGCCAAUCGUUCUGCAAAUCAUUUAACUUGGAUCUGCUCGAAGCUUCAGCCACACUUACCCUUGCUGAACUGUGGUUAGCUCUUGGACCAAGCCAUGUGAAGAGGGCCUUGAGUCUUGUUUAUCAAAGCCUUCCUAUGAUUCUUGGCCAUGGUGGUCUAGAGCUGCGUGCUCGAGCUCAGAUAGUCUUAGCAAAAUGCCAUUUAACUGAUCCAGAAUUUACAGUUUCUGAAGAUCCUUGUGCUGUUCUGGAUCCUCUAAACCAAGCGGCCGAAGAUCUGCAGGUUUUAGAGUACCACGAGAUGGCAGCAGAGGCGUACUAUCUGAAGGCGAUGACAUAUAACCAUCUGGGCAAGGAAGUCGAGAGGGAGGAAGCCGCGGCUUGCUUCAAGGAGCACGUCACCGCUCUUGAGAACCCGCACAACGAGGAUGUUUCACUCGCUUACUGAGGUUGCAGAGUCAAGGAGUAGAUUGCAAGAUGCAUCCUUGUAUGGCGGAUACUGACAGGCCGACACGACUAGGCAACAAAGUUAGUGUGACCCCUUCCUGACUUGCUUUGCAAGGCCGCCUCGUUGAUAACUCAACGUGCAGACUGGCUGAAGCUUAGCACGGUUCAUCAGAAGGGCGACAUGCUACACAGACUCUAUGAGAACAUGUGUCGCUAGCUGAGUCAUGGCCGGCAUUGAUGUGUUCGUGUUACAAGUUCAGGAGAUUAUUCAGUUUUGCUUCAUGAUGGAGAAUCAAUGUAGUAAGGAAUAUUACAUGCUCAUGUGUUAAUUGUUGUAAUUUUAAAUCGGUUUCUCUCGACUGAAUGUAUAUCUGCCAUUCUUGCAAAACAAUGGUUAACUAGCUAAAACUUUUGACAUCGUCUGAUGUAAAAGCGAACGCCUUUCAGGUGAUGCAUCAUACCAUGCCAAUAACUGAAA